AGAGAACGGGAGACAGACAGAAGAAGACUGUAAGAAAUGCAGGUAAUAUUACGAUAUCCGAUGUUCAAUAGGAAAAGAGUGAGAUUACAAACAGAUAAUUGAUUUUCGGUAAGAACUUCGGUAUAAAUAAAGCGAAGCAUAUUUAAUAAACGAAUUCCGAACUAAUUCUGAACUAAAGGUCCCCUAACUCAAGCGGAAACGGCGAAGAAAUUAAAAACGAAUAAUAUUACUUAUGAAAAAAAAGAACAAGAAGCACACAAAAAAAUAAUCGAAGAAAUAAAAACCAAAAGAUCGGUGACAGGCCCCACCUUGGCAUUUAUUAUGCUAAAGUUGGUGCUGUUUGAUUGGUUGAAUAUUCAUAUUUAACAGGAAGAACGAGGCGCCUUCUGAAUGUAUGUGACAGGAAUACACGCUAUCGUAGUGUCUUGAUUCCUUUCUUAUUUCUUCGUCAAAGAGUUUUCUCGGCGUUUACAGUCAAAAGUUGUUUUUACAUCGUAGCAGUAACAACAUUCUGUUUAUAAUCGAAAUAAAUUCCUCUUGAAUAUGAAGAGAUACAGAAUACUCAAAAAUUAUUAAUAAAUAGAAAAAAAAAAAGAAAAUAGAAAAAUAUACUUCUGCAAUUAUAUCGUCAUAGAAUAUAUGAUAUACAUGAAACUUUGCAAAGUGGAUAGGGUUGCAAGGAAGAAAGAUUAACGGAUAAACAUUUGAUGCUUACGGUAUUUAUUAAUUAUCUAAAUAAUUUAAAUCCAAGAAAAUGUGUUGAUAAAACAAAAUAAUGAAAGAAUAAGUGUUAAGUAUACAAUGAAAAAAAAAGUACAAUGGUUUGUUAAACGUAUUUAAAACAGUUCUAUCAUUUUACUUGAAAAGGACUUUCAAUAUAUUUAAUAAAACAUCUAAUAAAUGUAAUAAAUCCCUGAACAAGUGAAAUUGCGAACUAUUAAAGUCAACAAAGCGCGAGAAUCUCAAUUUCUAAAAGAUUGGAGAUUUUUGCACAAAGUCAGCAAUUUCGGGUUAGGAGAAUUGUGAAAUAUGGAAUACCAAAAUUACGAAGAUUCAGAGGCAUAUUCUAACCUCACCAACCAAUAUACCUCCGACGGGCCGCUGGAUUAUGAUGACUCUACGAAAGGAUCAAUCGAAAAUCUAAUCAUCGGAUUUCUCCGGAGCUACGUGAAUCCGUUAAUAUCUACGGUUGGAAUCAUUGGAAAUUUAAUCUCAAUUUGGGUGUUUUCCGCGAAAGGUCUACGAAAAUUAUCAUCAUCAGUUUAUGUCCAAGCCGUACUAGUAUCUGAUACAUUUUUCUUGGUUACAAUUUUAGCAGUAUGGUUGGAAUCAUUCAACUACAUGGCAAUGCAUGUAAAUGGAAUUUGCCAAGGAAAUAUUUAUUUGUCAUAUGUGAGCAGUUUCUUGUCUGUUUGGUACGUUGUAUGUAUUACUAUUGAAAAUUACAUUACCAUAUGUCACCCACUGAAAUUAAAAACUGUGUGUACUUUUAAGCGCGCUCGAAUCACCACGCUAACUUUUGCUUUCGCAGGGCUUGUCAUGUUUUCCGUCAUCAUACCCAUAACGAAACCACAGAAGCCUUUAUAUUCUCCUCAUAAUAGUUCCGACAAGCUCGUCUGUAAAACUAUUGUAGAAUAUACAAAUUUAAUGAAUAUUCUUACCUAUGUUGAUACGGUUAUUACCAUUCUCUUACCCAUGAUUGCAAUUGUUGGCUUAAUUUCCAUGAUUAUCGUGGAAACCAUUCGCUCAGUGCACAAGAAACAAAUUCGUUUAGCCAAUAAAGAAAAUCAGUCCAAAAAACUCUCUGACGUACCACAGGUACGAGUCGCCAAAUUGCUUUUUGCUAUAUCUAUUUCAUUCCUGCUAUUGAACUUACCAAGCUACUGUGCACGCUUGGUGUAUAUUUUUGUGCCUUAUGCAUUUCCACACGAUAGCAUAACCAGUUUCACUGUAUAUCAAUGUUUACUACACAUUAGCUAUUCCAGUUUUGCAUUGAAAUUUUUCAUAUUGUAUAUAUUCAGUGGAAAUUUUCGAAAAGUUUUAUUCAAAAAAUUGUUUUGUUGUUUCCCACACUUAAGUACCGAUACUCGAGCAACUGAAAGAAUAAAGUUAACUACUCCCGCAUUCGAUAUGGUUCAUUCGUGAAAGGAAGCAAACACUAGAAUUUGCGGAAAAAUAUUUAUCUAAGAAUUAAUUUAAACAAUAUCAUUACGCGAACUCCAUGAUUGAAUAAUCUGCAUAAACUAUUUCAACAAUGAUUUUUUUGUUGUUUUUUUUUAUUUUUAUCAUUCUAAGCUUUUUAAAAAUCAUUCAUUGAUUUGAUGAAUAACUUGAAAAUCAUAAAUGUUCCAUUGCAUCAACAUUUAUUGUUCUGGCAUAAAUAAUUAUUUCAAAGAAACAUUUUGCUUAUUACAAAGUUUAUUUAAAUAGUUUUCAAACAGAGCUCAUGAGUCACUUCCUCUUUGGACAAGAUAAUAAAACUGUUAAAAUAUGAAAAAGUGGACGAUCAAGUCUAUUGAAAAGCAAUUAGUAAGAAACAAAUCACAGCUACAUUUCUUAAAAACCAAAAAGAUAAACGGUUUACUAUAACACGAACGAUUAAAGGUUAUAGUUCUCUAAAAAAAACCAUUGUUUUAAAAACUUUUUAAUUGCAUACAAUUGUAUCCUAAUCUUUGUAUAUAUGGUAGCAGUACAUAUACGAUUACUCUAAGAUAAUGUUCAUAAUCCAUGAUGUUAAUGCAUUUUGUUUUGUUUCUAUACAUAUUUUAAAUUAUGUACUUUUGGGUUUUGAUGAAAUCUAAAAACUUUUCGCGAACAAUAGUAAGUAACACUGAAGUUCAUAUUAUAACAGUUUUCUAAUGUACUGAAAAAUGUUUACUGUUUCUCCUAUUAUAAUUUGAAAUAUAAUUCUAUUUGCAGUUUUUUUGUGAAAAUGGUUAAAUUAAUUCGAUAUUGUAACGUAAGUAGUCGGAAUGUGUUCAUAUUUUGUUAACAAUUUUAUAUUUCAGAAUGAAAUUGCCAGCGAAUAUCACAAUGUUAAGUUUAAGCUUUUAUCAUCAUUACUCAGAUUACAUGCCAAUUCCUUCAGUUAGAUACAGAUCCUUCAAAGUUAACUUAAUUGAUAAAAAAAAUCGCCAAAACUAUAUUUUGAUCUGAAUGCCUAUGUCAGGCUUACUAACAUGUGCUGAAAAGCGCUAACCUUCUCAAUUCCUUUGCAUAUGUUUCUCUGAUUUGUUACUGCAUUCUUAGCUGUUUAUUGAAGGUACUGGAUACAAAUGAAAUUAGUUAAAUAACAUCCUUUUACUAUAAUGCAUAACAAUUCCAUAUUUGAUCUUCGGGAAUAUUAUCGUUUGUUCAAGCGAAUCAUAUAUAUACAUAUAUAUAUAUAUAUAUAUAUGUAAUUAAGUAAACUACAGAUCAUUAAUGUUAUACUCACCUAUACGUUUGCAAUUUUCUUUCUACAUAGUGUUUUCUUAUCAGGGACAUCUAAGAACGAUUUGUUGAAUUCACUUCAAUAAACAGGCUCUUCCUCAAAUUUACAAAUUUCAUUGCUUUUAUUUCAAAUUCCAUAAAAAUUAAAAUUCAUUUUACUUAAAAUUAUAGAGUAUUUCAUUGUCAAUUUCGAAUUAUGAACAUUCAGUUUAAGUACUAUAAGCACACAUAUCUACUGUUUACGUGAAUUGGUGUUGAGUUAUUAAAGCAAUGAUACUCUCCAAUAAGACGUAGAUUAUUAAGUUGACUAUUAAGGAAACAAUUUAGAAAAAUCAGUCUCAAAGCAUGAAAACUGCUUAAUAGUUUUUUUUAUUUACUCUUAGUACUCUGCAUGCAGAUGCCAUUCAGAAGUGGGUGACUUAAUCUUUUGUCUUCGGUCAGCCAUUUGCUGUUCAUAUAAAACAGUUGGGUUAAUCUACGAUGCUGCCAGCCUUGAGGUUUUUGACCUAAUGUUGUCAUUAUUCUUUUGAAGCUACCGUAUAGGUAGAAAUGCUGUAACACUACAUUAAAUCUAGUAGUCUUUGAUUUUCA